AAAGACAAAUCCAAGGGCGUCAGUGCUCCAAUGAAGACGAGGUCGAGUGCAGGAAAGCGUCCGGGCACAAGCUCUACGAGUGAACCAAAAAGUAAACGACAAAGGCUAUUAUCGGUGUCAGUGGAGGACAAAAAUGAUUUGGAAAGAUUUCUUAACACCAUUGGUACUAAGAUAGGUAACAAAUACAAUAAUCUUGGUAUUCAUCUUGGCCUCGAUAAAAGUGACAUCGAAAAUAUAGAAAGAAGCUCACCGAACGAUGCCGAACGAUGGGGAUAUGAGGUAAUAACAAAAUGGAAACAGAUGAACCCACACAAAUUACCAUCGCUAGCUGAUGCUCUUAGGAAGACACGCAGGGUUGAUCUUGCAAUAGAGGUGGAUGAAUAUAUAAAACACCAUCUCAUUUUGCAGUCAGAAGAUACUGGAAAUCUCUAUCCAGUUAAGAUUGAGGAGAAAGGUCUUGAUGUGCGCAACACGAACAUCACGGACAAUGUUACUGAGUUUAUGAAAACUGAGGAUUUGCGAAGAUGUCUUGAUCAUAUGAAGAAACACAAUUUGGUAAUUUUAACAGGAAUGUCUGGUGUCGGUAAAACUGAAAUAGCGAAGAAUUAUUGGAAGACAGAGAGGGCAAAAUACGAUAUUGGUUGGCUUAUAUCAAGUAAAUCGGACAACGAGUUGAGGACGUCAAUACUUCAAUUUAAAGAAAUAUUGGAUGCAAAUAAGGUACAAGUUGAUUUGAGCCAGGAUUUGCCAAUGUCAAAAAUUCUCGAAAAAAUCAAUUUAGAGAUAAGGAGCGACUCGAAAAGAGGAAAUGAUAAAAUAAAGUACUUGUUAAUCUUUGAUGAUGUGAAGGAAGAAAUAACGCAUCAGGCUAUAGUGGAAGGAUUUCCAUCGAAGCAGAACAUUGCGGUUAUCAUUACGACCCAGCAAAGUCAUCAUUUAGUAAAUUCUGCUUUGGAAUUGAAAGGUUUCACGAAAAGGGAAGCAUUAGAUUUGCUGAGUGGUUUAAAAGAUAGCGAUGAUAUAAAAAUUGAGCUGUGGGAAGCUAUGAGUCAUCUUCCAAGUGCCCUACGAUGUGCUGCUUAUGACAUCAAGAAGACAGGGAGAGACGUUAAACAUUACAUCAAAGGAAUUCAAAAUAAAAAUGAGUACAAGAAUAUUGAACAACGCACCCUUAAACUGAUGGGGAUUAGUUACGACGGCAAGACUCCGAUUCAAGCACACGUUAGUAACGCUAAGAACAUGUUGGAAGAAUUACAAAAGGAAGAUGGAGAACCACUUUGCUUUGUUCUAAAAACGAUGGGGUUUUUCAACUCGAAAGACAUACCUGAGUUCAUUUUGAGGGACAUUCUGAGACAGAAAAACAUUGACAACGAUGGUUCUGUAAUUGGAGAUAGUGACAUCGAUUUUACGAUUGAUCACCUUGUCACUAAAAUGCAGGCUAGGUCAUACGUCACCAUAUCACCAAAUGAGACCCAUGGUCAUUGCGUCGAUACACACGAGCUAGUACAACUUGGCAUUCGUCAUGCGAUGGAAGAAAAAGACCAACAGUCCGUCUUGGAGAUAUUAAUGUGUGUGCUAUUGCGUUACUUCGCCAAGGAUACCAGAUACAUGAAGUAUUUCAGUAGAAAUACACACCUGAUGCCGCAUGUUGAGACGGUAUUAGAUCAUUGUGAAAAGUUAGGCUUUUUGAACGUUUCAUUUGAUAUGAAAGU